AUGGACGGCUACCAAAAAGGUUUGAAUUCUUUGGGAGUGCCAAUGAAAUAUGCUCCUUGGCACUGCAGACUGCUACCUUUGAACCGAGUUAUCAACAAACUAGGUUGUGAAAGGGGCAGCAACAUUCAUGUCAUCUACAUUGGCGACUCCAACUUGCGUCUACAAAAGAAGACCUUUGAUACCUUUUGGAAGACUGUCAGCUCUACUACUGACACCACUGCCAGCAAUCAUUCUGUGGCACUGCCUCACAUUGAAACCAGCCUGAUAUCAUUGCAUGGAGGUCUCCACCAAACUCUGCCAAAUGUUUCAAUUGCCCUUGAGGGCAUUCUGCACAAUGCAACCAGCACCAAACUCAAGAAGACAAUGACGACGUACAUGAUACUCUUCAACUCGGGCCUGCGCGACAUUUCACGUCGAUGUCUGCUUCGCUUGAAUGUUUCCUGCACCAAAAACUACAAAGAGUCCUUUCGAGCACUGCUGAGCCUUGUAUCCGAUUUUCCAGCGGACCUCAAGGUACUCCAAACCACCACAGCUGGAUGGCCCAAGUAUGGCAACUUUGGUUUUGCUUGGCCGCCUACCCAUCCACAACCCCUGCCUCGUGAUCCCAACUUUGUGGACCAUUUCAACAGUGACAUGUUACAAGAAGUUGUGAGAGCAGGUACCGGUACACCGAAUGCGGCCGGCAGCUCUGGUAACACUGCAAUUUCGGUGAUGGGUGCUUUCUGGUUGACACUGUCCCGUCCGGAUCAUCGAGAGGUGGACAAGACGAAUGCGAUAGGAAAGCAUCUGGUGCACCCCGGACCCGAAGUGCUCAAUGCGCUGACCCGUCAAUGGAUCACGAUGAUCAUUGAGAGCGUUUGUGGUGGGGCUUCCACUUAG